GUUAUUAUUCAGAUUAUAUAACUGAAUUUGUUGGAAUUACAAUAAUGCAAGAGAAGGGUCAAGAAACAUACCCAGUUGGUCUUCGUAUUUAUCCGAUGUAUCCAGGUAAUGACAUAGAAUGUGGCAAUCGGCAUCAAAUGUAUCUGUGUAAACAGCAUCAAUAUUGUCCCAAGACGUUGGAUGGGAAUGUUGGAGCUUUUAUAAAUGGCUCGUCGGCAGAAAUACAGCACACGCUUCUAGGAGGACGAAACUAUCUUGUUCUGUUUCAUUUGGACGGUGAUCAGCAAGAGAAAAGAUUUGCUGUUAUAAUCAGAUCAUCAUGUCACUUACAAACAAAGAAACAUCGUGUAGAAUAGACACAGGAACGUUCGGAAGUGGAGUACCAAGUUUACAUCGCUGCCUAUCCUACAAAAGUUGCGCAUGCGCAAACUAUUAGCGUUACUAUUGAGAUCAUAGUUCUUAACAUAAUAAAAAAAAAAAACUUAUUAUCGUAAUCUGUUCAUAGUGUUCUAUAAAAAGUUAUUUAUUCAAAAUCUGUUUCAUUCGUGUAGAAUUUUUCAUAAAUUGUAAUACAGACUUUUUGCAAUGUUCAAAUAGAUAAACAUACUGAUUUACUGAAAUUAAUUUAUUAAGCUUCAUUUACGCGUUCUGUAUUUCAUGUCUAAAAUACAUAAACAUUGCUGUAAAUAGCUAUAUAUAGUGAAAGAAUUUUAUCAUUUAUAUUAUAUAAAUAUGAUAUUAGUUAAAAAGUAUAAGCAUUCUGUGAUGUACAAUUUGUGAUAAUAUUUAUUUUUUAAUUUAGCUUUUUUAUUUUAUCAAACUUACAGCAUAGAAGACACAAGGCACUUGAGAAGGAACUGUGAAACUUGUUGACAGUAACUUUGAAAUAUUGAUUUCCUUUGUUCGUUGAUUUAUACAUGUACAUAUUACAGCAUUAAAAUUUUCGUCGUCUAACAAAAAGCCGAAUCAUUUUUUUUUAAUCUCGGUGUUCAGAUAAAUACAAAAAUAUAUGACAACAGGUACAAGAAACAAAAUCAAUUGAGCCGCGUCAC